AUGGAUCCAUUGGAAUGCCACUGGCCACUGUUCUAUGGUCCGUCGAGGGCGGUUGGAGGCGCUGAGCAGACUGCUACUAUACCUCAGGGACUGCCCAGUACCGAUGCAGCUGUGAUGGCGGGCGAGACUCCAUAUGGGCAAGAAGGAUUCUUCGAAAAACAGGGAGGCCAGCAGAGACAGGCUCCCUCGAUUCAGUCGUCGGCGGAUCGAUUGUUAGCGCCUGAUAGCAUGGCCACAAUGCAACCAGCGGAUACUACAUCGCCGUUGUCCUCCAGGAGCGAUGGAGAAGCCGCCGACGAGAUCUUUGUGCCCGAGACUCUUCUGGCCGCUGCGGCGUCAUCCGAGGCCUAUCCUCAGACGCUUCGAUGGAGUUUCACGCCUCUGCAUCCCGUGGCCGCUCCGGCAGAGGAGAUUCACGUCCAGAAGCGGAGACAGUCGUGGGGAAUGAGACCCCUGGAGGGACCAGAAGGCGUAUACCGCCAUUUCAGUUACUCCUCGGCCGUCGAAGAUGGCCGAGGGCCGUUACCACCGGUCCGCGAAGACGCUGAGAGUGACCGUCGCUCCCAAUCGCUGAGCGAGAGGUCGACCGCCGGCAACCAGCGUUAUGGUCAACCGACGAACAACCACGAACAUCGUUGGUAUCGACAUUCACGCGGGCUGUCGGAAGAUUCGAUCUUUACGGCGCCGAUGCGCGUCUCUCGGGUGCCCAAUGCGGUGAGGAAAUCGCGAAACAGCAGUCUGAAGAGUCUGUAUGACCGAGCCAAGCUGGUCAAUAUCAAACACCAGCGCGAGGACUGGCUUCGCUAUACGAUCGAGUACGGCGCAUACACUUUCUUGGUUCUCGUGGUGUAUUUCGUCCUGGUGGGAUUGCCGCUGUGGAAGGGCGCCGUCUACUGGCUCUACUGGAUCAUGCAGCAUAAACUCAUCUUCCAGGGCGGCUGGGCCAUUUUCAUCUGCAUGCUUAUCUGGUUCUCCUACUCCCCCCUUCUCACCCGGUUCGAACCCGAUCCCCCCGGCCCGGACUAUUACCAUGUGCGGCAUAUCGCGCCCGUAGCGCCCAGCGCGGCGCUUGUGAUCCCCUGCUACCGGGCCGCCCCCAUCAUCGGCCGCACGCUCGAGGCGGCGCUGCAAAUCUUCCCGGCGUCGCACAUCUACGUGGUGGCCAACGGCAACUCGUCGAUGCCGCUCGACAACACCGAGGACAUCUGUCGCAGCUUUGGCGUCAACCACAUCUGGUGCCCCGUCGGGUCGAAGAUUGUCGCGCUCUUCGUCGGCUGCUACGCGGCCAAGGCGUUCCGCUACGUGCUCCUCAUCGACGACGACUGCAUCCUGCCGCCCAAUUUCCCCGUCGUCACGGGCCGGCUGACGGCGCCGGUGCAGUGCAUCGGCUACACGAUCAAGUCGGUCGGCCCCCCGGACUCCCCGCGCGGCACGUACUGCCAACAGGCGCAAGACCUGGAGUACAAGCUGGCGGGGCUGCAGCGCUGCUUUGCGGGACAGGUCGGCAGCGCGACGUUCCCGCACGGCGCCAUCUCGCUGUGGCGGCGCAAGUUCCUGAAACACACGCUCGAGAACCACCCGGGCUUCUCGAUCAGCGAGGACUGGUUCCUAGGGGAUAGCUGUCGGCGGCUCGGCGGGCGCAUCCAGAUGUGCAGCGCCGUGUUUGUCGAGACGACGACACCGUCGCGGCUGAUCUCGGUGCAUGGGGGUGCGAAGCGCGGCGGGUUCGGCGAGACCACCGUGUGCAAGCAACGGUUCCUGCGGUGGAACUUUUUCGUCACCCACAGCAUGUGGUAUAACUCGAGCUAUCUGUUUGGGAGCUGGCGGCUGGGGUGGUGGGAGUUUGGGACCAAGGUGUUUGUUUUCCAGGAGCUAUAUGAAACAGUGCUGUACAUGCUGACGCCGUUUGUGAUUCCGACGUCGAUCGUGGUGGAGCCCGGGUUCACGGUGCUGAUGACGAUGGCGUCGUGGGGCCUGUAUCUGCUCAACGCGGUGAUCUUCAACGAGGUGCAUCUGCGGCGAAAGGGAGAACGCGUGGACCCGUGGGUGGUGGCCAUAUACUAUAUGCCGUACAAGCUGAUGAUCGGGAUUAUGAACGUCGUCAGCUGCUACUGGUCGAUCAUCAAGUAUGCGCGGUACUUUGCGCGGCGACAUCCGAAGCUGACGGAGGACCACAAGGCGGUUGGGAUGGUGCUGCGCUUGGAAGAGUUGACUCGGGGGGAUGGGGAAGACGGGGGACAAGGGCGGGAGGGAGGAGGGUUGGGGAGGAUCCAUAGCAACCUUAAGAUCAAGCGUGGAGCAGUGACAGACGAACACGUGCCACCAGUACCUAGACCUGAGGAGCCCUAG